AUGUGGCGUUGCUUGAGAGGAAUCUUGCCAGUACGGGAGGUUCUAAAGGAAAAGCGGGUCUAUGUUGGAGGCGGAUGUCCGUUAUGUGCUGCAUCAUUGGAAACCAUUGUGCAUAUUCUCUGUGAGUGCCCCUUGGCUUGUCAACUUUGGGGUGCGGCAAAUGUGUUACAUGGCUACAUCUUGGCUCAGUUUGUUGAGGAGAACCUAUGCCAUCAAGAUGAAUCUCAAGCUGUUGCAAUGACAUGCAGGUUUUGGGUAAUGUGGAAGGUGCAGAAUGAUGUGGUGUGGAAUGGGAAGCUAUGGAGUAUCUCUCAAAUGCAAGCGUAUGUGAGUUCUGAGCUUAUGGGAUGGGAGGAGGCCGUAUUCCCUAACUAUAAUUCCCAUCACUCUGGAAAUCCAUAUCAAGUUUGGGUGCCGCCACCGUUCGAUUUCUUGAAGUGUAAUAUAGAUGCAGCUCUACACGGCCAAGAUGCCUCCUUUGGUGCGAUUUUGAGGAAUCAUAAUGGUGAGUUCAUAGCAGCUUGCGUGGGGAGGCUGAUGGGUGCUUCAAAUGCCUAUCUUGCGGAGGCCCUAGCUUUCAAGGAAGCCCUAUCCUGCUUGAAGAGUCGCUCGGAGUCUUUUUAUUUUAUUGAGUCGGACUGGAACAUGUUGGUUCGCCAUGUCAGAAGGUCAACGAAUCAAGUGGCUCAUGUGUUGGCACUGGCAACUGGUCCUAACUCUGUCCUUACUGUGUGGGAGACUAUCCCACCAGCUUGUGUUUUGAGUUUGCUUUGA